UUGGCUUAAGUGAUGAAGAAUCGAUUUAUCUUCAAAACAAGAAUAAAACAUACUUAAAAGGGAUUUCAGAGAUAACAAGAACUUUUUUUGAUAAAUUUUCGGACAAAUUUCUCAGAAUUUCCGGGCACAGAUAUAGAAGACUGUUCGUGAUGUUUGUCGUUGAAUUUUUUUUGUGAGGGGGCGGGGAAGGUAGGGGGUUAUUAACCAUCUUUUCCGAUGAAGUCUGAAUUUCACUAAUGUUUUUGUGAUAAAAGAGCGAGAUAGUUUUCCAAAGCUCCGCAACUGAAUUCAUAACAGGGAGAGAAAUCCAGGAGAGAAUCCCAAGUAUCUUUUGAAAUUAAAUUACCAACCUCUUAAAAGAGGAGAGCUAAAAAGAGGAAAGAAAACGCAGAUAAGAAUUACUCAUUAUUCCGUAAAAGAUAGGAAAUAGUUGAUAAAGGAAAAGUAAACUUCUGAAGCAGCCUUAAUACUUCGACAUGAUUUGGUACAUGCUCAAAACACUGGCUGAAAAUAACAAAAGGAUUCAUGUAAAAAAUAGAUUUAAUGAGGGGAAACGCAACUCCUUUUGACGCAUGGGACGAAUCAAGACGGGAAAUUAGUUAGAAAACAAAAAAUGUACGACUAGAACUGAUAAAUAAUUCAGGUUGAACUUGAAAUCGUUCUCAAAUCACCAUUGUGCCUAAGCGGCCAUAUAAUGAGAACAAAUAAAAUAUUUUUGCUAUGAUAAUUAACAUCAAAAGCUCCUUUGCUGGAAUAUGAAUUUGUCAAUGUGCGGACGAAGGUUGACAAGCAGGAUAUUGAGCGUUGUGGUAUCAACAUCACAUUUAUUUUGGUCUCAACCGUGCUUGAUAUGUCUAGAUAUCGGACCGACAAAGUAAUAAAUAAUAUGCAAUGAGCUGAUAAGCGUUUGUUUGAACCAACACUCUGGAGGAGUUCCCAAAGCAUUUAUCUCUAAAACGUUUUCUGGGGUUUUUAGUGUAGGAUGGCGAAAUGUUGUAACAUCUGUAGACACCGUCAAAGUUGCGUCAGUGAUAAUUUGUGUCCUUAAACUGACCGCACUACAGGAUUAUCAGGAUACGCGGGCACUACUAAAUGCUGGUUACCGUUGCAGAUAUAUUGCGCCUACAAGAGAAUAAGACGAUACUUUCUGAUACUACCGUGAUUUAGUUUUGUGACUGCUUUCGUUAUGUUGUCAGCCACAAGCGCCACUAAGUUUUUCAAAGAAUGAGACAUACUGUUUUGCGUGUUUAUGGAGAAGAGAGAUAUUGGUAAGCACUUGGUUGUGAACAAGAAUUCCAUCGCAGAACCAUUAGUGUUUGAUACACAAUGGGAAAACGAUGGCGCAACAAACAGCGAAGACAGAAACUUCGAGGCAUUCGGAGACUUGGCUGAUAAUUUCGAUCAAAAAUUGUAUCAGUUCCAUAAACUGACGGCCUGGGAAGAACGUUGUCUUGAGUUCUUCAGCGAAGUUGCAUUACCUUUGCGCCCGAAACGACAACUAAGUUUUCCUGUCAUUAGCAACGACAUGAAUGGGGAAAAGAGUUACGUAAUCGAAAGUUUGGGCUCAUUUUCGUCCACCGCAGGGUGCUUGAACUAUGAAACGGAAUAUAGUGCAACAAUGAAUGGUACAAUUGAGGAGAGGAACAAUUUACUUUCACAGACAAAGUUUAAAAAUCAGCAGAGUGAGGAGAAGAAGUCAAAGCCAACAAGGACAUCAGCUUUACCGCCUCUGGUAGAAGGUAAAUACAGUAACUGUCCUUCGACAGAGAUUGGACAGUAUUCUGUCGGAGAAUUUUCAGGGAGGAAGAAGGAGUUUGAUGUCCCAGCCCUAGUCUUAUCUCAGGCGGAAGAUGAGUUCAAUGAUAAAGCGAGUUUAAAACUUCCUAAGAUAGAAUCAGCUGCUCGUCUGGAAUCUGGUCAUCUUCAUAUAUCGGCAUUAUCUGCGCCAGAACCGCCGAACAGACUGGCUGUCCCCGGCUUCAUUGAACCUUUCAAGUCAUUCAGACCUCCUGUACUACCGCUGUUAGAAGAUAAGAACUCAAGAAUGGGUUCCUUUCGGUUACCGCUUUUAGGAACACGAGAUGCUGUGUCAAGAAUAUGUGAUGAGAAUGAAAAAGAACCCAACCCAAAGAAUCUCUCGUCUUAAAUUGGGUUCUGACUAAUUGGUAGAAGCACGCUUUUUAAAUUGCAAACCAUUAAUGUAACCGAAUCUGGUAAUUGUAAAUAGCUCGCCGAAGAUCUUGAUUUGAA